GAUGCUCGAGACUGCUCACUUCUAAUUUCCUUUUUUUAAAAAAUGAGAAAACAUUCACUUGCUGAAGGCGGGGAUCUGAGUAGUUAUCAGCUCGGCUGCUGCUCUGCUCGCGAAAAUGCCUUUGCUGUUGCGGCACUUGGGUGUGCGCACCAAGAGGGAGACCCACCCCGGGAAUACACCCGCUUCUUGUCUCAAAAGACUCAACAGGAAAGGGCGGGGAGCAGACCGAGGGAGAGCGCGCGCGCGAGGCGCCUCCCCCCCUCCCCCUGCUCCGUGACGUAAUCCACACGAGUAAUCUGACCCCAAAAUAUGUCCGCGCGCACAGACCCUGACUCACCCGUUUUCUCUUUCUGAGGCUCUUUCCCUUUAAGGAAUAGUAAUUCUUCCCCCAUUCCUAACAAACACUCCCUCUCCAGUCCUCUUCUGUUCACACCCAGCAUGUCCUUUUCCUUGGAGUUCCGACAGGGACCUGCUGCGAUAAGCAGGAGCCUUGGGGCACCUUAGCCGCCUGGAUACUAUGUCGUUCUGCUGCCACAGCCUACUAGCCCGGCGACGCCUCUGGGAACAUUCCCAGGGACCAAACGGGAAAGGAUUGCCAGGGGAGGAGCGAGCGAGAAGAGUGGGGGCGUGCGCGCCUGCCCUGUCUCCCUCCCGCCUCGGCCUGCCCUGCCUCUCCGGAGCUCAGGGCUUGCUGUGCUAAGGUUGCCCGUCUUCUGCUGCCAUGAACCGGCUGGGCAGAAAAGACGAAGAGACUCUCAUCGAGAUGGCCCAGGCCACCGACGGAGAAGAAGUCAAUGGACCUUUAUUUGAGAAUAUAUCAAACACAGAUUCAGAACAUCCUGGUAAUUCUGAGGGCCUAAGCACCACUGAGACUACAUUACUCAUCUCUGACCUUCAAGGGAAUACUGGAAGGAGAUUCAAUCUGUUCCUGAAACGACGUCUCAGGAUUGACAAGCGACAUCAAAGCAAGGAUUCUAUUUUCUUCAGAGAUGGUGUCCGGCAAAUAGACUUCGUACUGUCUUAUGUGGAUGAUCCAAAUAAAGAAGGAGAAAAGAAAGUGGAUAGGAGACGAGAAUUUGAAAACAAUCUGGAAAAGGCAGGUCUGGAACUAGAAACUGAAGACAAAAAGGAAUCUGAAAAUGGAAAAACUUACUUUGUGAAGAUUCAUGCCCCAUGGGAGGUCCUGACCACAUAUGCUGAAGUGCUGAACAUCAAAGUGCCCAUCAAGGAAAAUGAUAUUCCUUCUACUGUAGAGAAUCCCCUGGAUUUCAUUACUCAGCCGUUCAGGCUACCUGAGAAUGUGAUGCAGCCAGAACCAGAUUACUUCACUGCCCCAUUCAGCAAGGAAAGGCAGGAACUCUACCUCAUUCAUGAUGAACAGACAUUUUUCUCCCCGUCAGUUAGAAACAGAAUUGUUUACUAUAUUUUAUCAAGGUGUCCUUAUGGAACGGAGGAAGGGAAGAAGAAGUUUGGGAUUAAAAGACUGUUAAGCAAUGGCACCUACUCUGCUGCUUACCCUCUCCACGAUUGCCAGUACUGGAAGAAGGCAAGUGAUCCAAAGUGUGACAAUGAAAGAUACACACUAUACAAGGAAUGGGCAAGGUUUGCUCGGUUUUUCAAAGAACAGCCCUUGGAUCUUAUCAGGAAGUAUUAUGGGGAGAGGAUUGGGAUCUAUUUUGCCUGGCUGGGAUUCUACACUGAGAUGCUGUUCUUUGCAGCUGUAGUUGGCUUCAUCUGUUUUCUGUAUGGUGCCUUCACAAUGAAUGAAAAUAUGAGUAGCAAAGAAAUCUGUGAUUCUGAAAUAGGGGGAGAUAUUAUCAUGUGCCCACUAUGUGAUCGAAAAUGUGAUUACUGGAGGCUGAAUUCCACUUGUGAGUCUUCACAGUAUUCCCAUUUGUUUGACAAUGUGGCAACCCUCUUUUUUGCAAUCUUCAUGGGCAUCUGGGUUACACUUUUCUUGGAAUUCUGGAAGCGGCGGCAAGCUCGGCUCGAAUAUGAGUGGGAUUUAGUUGAUUUUGAAGAGGAACAGCAACAGCUCCAAUUGAGACCAGAAUAUGAAGCAAAAUGUACUCAAAAGAGAAAGAAUCCAGUAACUCAGGAAUUAGAAAUGUGUAAGAGGAAGACCGUAAAUGACUAUGGGAAACUGAGCUUGUUAUACUUUGGAAUAUUAUUUUGGAUCUCCUUGAUCAUAGCAAGUAUGAUAGCUGUGAUAGUUUACCGCCUUGCAGUUUAUGCUGCUUUUGCCAGCUUGAUGGAGAACACACAAACCCCAACUCCUAUUAGCCGUUUACUGACACCACAGCUGGCAACAUCAGUCACUGCCUCAUGCCUGAAUUUUGUCAUCAUCAUGAUCUUGAAUUUCUUAUAUGAGAGGAUAGCCAUCUGGAUCACAGAUAUGGAAAUCCCAAGAACUCACCUUGAGUAUGAAAACAGACUGACCAUGAAGAUGUUCCUGUUUCAGUUUGUAAACUACUACUCUUCAUGUUUCUAUGUGGCUUUCUUCAAAGGAAAAUUUGCGGGUUAUCCUGGUUCUUACACAUACAUGUUUGAUUCCUGGAGAAAUGAGGAGUGUGAUCCUGCUGGAUGCUUAAUAGAACUGACAACCCAACUUACCAUUAUCAUGGCUGGCAAACAAAUCUGGGGGAAUAUUCAAGAAGCUUUUGUACCCUGGAUCUGGAAUUGGUGGGGCCGUCGAAGAGCCAGGAGCAGUCCAGAGAAUUUGUACAGUCGAUGGGAACAGGACCAUGAUCUGCAGACCUUUGGAGCCUUAGGCCUAUUCUACGAAUACCUAGAAAUGGUUAUUCAGUUCGGAUUCAUUACUCUAUUUGUGGCCUCUUUUCCACUGGCACCGCUACUUGCUCUGAUGAACAAUAUCUUGGAGAUUCGAGUUGAUUCUUGGAAGCUUACAACACAGUUUAGAAGGCCAGUGGCAGCCAAAGCCCAUAGCAUAGGUAUUUGGCAAGAGAUUCUAAAUGGAAUGGCAAUCUUGUCAGUUGUCACAAAUGCAUUCAUUGUAGCCUUUACAUCUGAUAUGAUCCCUCGGUUAGUUUAUUAUUAUGCCUAUUUUACGGAUCUUAAUUCGCCCAUGUCUGGAUACAUUAACAGCAGUCUGUCCGUAUUCCAGACAUCAGAUUUUUCUGAUGCAAACAAACCUGAACAUUCUACAGAAGACUUUGAAACCUGCAGGUACAGGGACUAUCGAUAUCCACCAGACCAUGAGAAAAAGUAUACACAUACCAUGCAGUUUUGGCACAUUCUGGCUGCCAAAAUGGCUUUUAUAAUUAUUAUGGAGCACAUUGUCUUCAUUGUCAAGUUCUUCAUCGCCUGGAUGAUCCCUGAUGUCCCAUCUGAGGUGAAAGCCAAAAUAAAGCGUGAGAAGUACUUAACACAAAAAAUUCUACAUGAGUAUGAACUCAAUAAGCUUAGGCAGAAACUAUGUGAAGGUAGAACCUAUGCCAAUAUGGAAAAGGAAGUCAUUGCCAGUGAAGGAAGAGUGGAGUUAGCAGAAGUCAUGUAACCUGGGGAGAAGGCAUGAGCCUUGUGAAUUCUAGCCUUUGAAAUGCUCAGUCAGCCAUGAGAGUGGUCUUGGAAUUUUCCCGCUUUACAUUCAGUUCUAAAAGUCUUAACUAAAGAAGAAACUAUAGAAGAAACCAUGUGGAUCAGCUGUCAAGAAGUCUACCUUGUGUUCUACAGCCUCCCAGCUGAAAAGCUUGAAAACAAGGUUCAGCUCAUGGUAUUGCAAUGUCUCUUCUGCUGCCAUAUCUUUGUGAGACUUGCUUUUUGGAGUUAGGGCAAUCUUUAAAUGUUUGUAUAAUGAAUAGUCUGAAAAGUUCCAAGUUCUCUGCUGUGAUGCAAAGCCAUGGCUUUCAAAGUAUGUUAACGGUCUCCUUAAGAAAUAUCAGACAAUGGCCAGGAAGGACAUAAAUUCUUUCCUCUGUCCUCACCCAGCCUAAAAUUUGUUUCUGUAUGUAUGUGUCGAUAAGGCCAUGAGGCUGAGAUUAUGUGAAACAUGCACUCCUCCUCUUGAAGCACUGUUGAUUGAUCGUGCAGGAGCCAAAAAGGAGACAUCCUUAUAGUUUUAAUAGAGUUUUGUAUCCUAAUAUUAUGUUCCCUUUGGAUUUAAUAGUAAGCCAUGGACUUGUGGUGCUUGUAUGCUCUUUUUUGUCUGCUUGUUUCCAGACUUGGGAACAGCUCCCAAUCUGCUAGUCAAACCUUGGAAAGGUUCGAACAGCUUAGUAUAGCUACUAUGAGAAAGGUUUCAGGAACCUUGGCACUACCGACACAAAAUAAAACUAACAACUCACAUCUGAUUUUAGAAAAUCAGAUCCUUACUCAGUAUUAAGGAAAUACUAGUUUGUAUUUCUCUGCUUGCUAGCACUGGCUGUUAGAGACUAGGCUGAGUUUUUUAAAUGUUUUGGUUUAGAUAAUCGAUUUGAACAUGAGAUUCAUUGAACAUUUCUUGGAAAAUCAUGCACAUAUCAUGUAUGUGCAUUUGUACUAGACAAAUUUGCACCUUAGCAUGGGUUUGUUUUAAAGGUUAUAUUAAAGGUUUAAAUAGCCUGAACUGUACAUAAAUUGUAAUGUAGAAUUAAUUAUUGCAUAACCUAACAAAAAUCAAAACCUACACAUGCUAUUUCACAAUUUAUUUUUGUGCCUAUUCCAUCUGGUAAACAUUUCCCAAAGUAAGUGUCAAAUAAGACAUGCUUGUGGAAUUAUCUUGCUGCUGUGUUCUGAAGAUGGCUUGAUGAUUUGCCAUAGAAUUCAUAAUUUAGAAAAGUGUGGAUUUUUUUAAAAAAAAAUGCUCUUAUUUUAUGGAGUAGCCAGGAGAGGGGGCACCAAAGAAUCGUCUUAAAAUUAGUAUGACGUAUUAUGAAUAUAUUUGGCAAAGGCCUAAACCAUUGAAGUCUGCAAUUGACUUCAAUACUGUUAGGUAAACGCUCAGUCCUUAUUCCAGAAACAUUGUUAAAGUGGAUUUGAAUUCUCAGAAUUUAUGAGGGCUAUAAAUGUAAAUGACAACCUAUGUUGUUAAUCUGCCUUAAUGUUAAAUAUGUUUGUGUUUGUAUAUGAAAAUAUCUGUUCAUAUAUGAAUGUAUGUUCCUGAUAUUUAAUUAAUGCAAGGUUAUGUAUAUUGAUCUAGCCACAACUUUAGUACUGAAAAAUACUGAUUUUUAAAUGUUCCCUAGAAGAAGCAUUGCCUGUAUUCUCUCUUGAGGCAACCAUGAAAAUUUAUCAAGUCCAGUCUGCAUAGACUAUGCAUGCAAACCUAGCUAUGUGCAAUUUACUUGCAGUAUGUGAUAUAAUUUUUAAUAAUUUCAAGUGGUGUUGAGAUUUUGCUACGUUUCUUAUAGCCAAGUCUACUCUUCACUGCUUAGUGCCUUGUUUCUAUGUACUUGAGAAAAGAAAGAUGUGAAAAUGUUAAUAGUGUAAUGUAUGUAAACUAAUAUAAACUACAGGUGGAUUUUCAGGAAUCAUGAAAGCAUCACUGUUCAAUCCUUUGCAGCAGUAGCUGUCCAGGAAUAACUGUUGCAAACUUCCAAGUUGUUGGGUUCUGUGCAAACCAGCUGACUGCUAACUUACAGAAGUGUUCUGAACACAGCAUGUUGUACAUAAUGAUGGAUAAUGUUGAAAUAGUUGUACUUUGGAAGUCACGUUCAGGUGUUAAGAAUCAGAAAUCCCAGGCUAUCUCAUGCAUGAGGUCUAAAUAGUACAGUGUUUUCUAUAAAAUUCAUUUUAAAAUGCUAUCAAAAAGUGCCCUAGACUAUUAGACUGUUCCCUGAAAGAAACAGUCCACAUAUUAUUAAUGGAGAAGCAGUCAAGAAUCUGGAUGCAUGGGCGAAAUCCUAGUUUAGGCCAAACAAUGUCCACCUCCAAAGGAAAAGGUUAGGUUACGCUUAUCAUCUCAGCCAUGAAGAUUCCAGCAAGGAGGUUAAAAGUGUAUGUCCAGGACAACAGAGAUGACUUUCAUUGCACAACUUUCUGUGACAUAAACCUCAUUCGUGGGGCUGAAUAAGACAUGACUAAACUAACUGCAGAGUUUUGUUUUAAACUUCAAAACAUAGAAGCAAUGCUAAGAUACGUAGACAUUACACACUUCCUUCAGUUGCCAUUUCUCCAGUUGAAUUUGUCCCUUCCCUCUCAAAGUUACUAUAAUUCAAUAAUAUAGAGAAAUGCAGUAAUAUAUAGGUGUGCUGUAUUUUUCCCCAUGGUGCUUCAGCAGCUGCAGAAGGCCAUUUAUAUUGAAGAAAUGGCAUGGGGAAAAGUGUAACACACAAUCCCAUUUCCCCAAAGUUUUCCAUGCUUUUGAGAGAAAGUACUCUGUGCCAGAAAAAUGGUGAAAUAUUAGAAGAGCCAUGAAAUCUAUUCACUUGUUUUCAUAGCAAUCAUUAUAUAGAGAACAAAGAAGUGAUUUCUAUGGGGAGGUAGAUCUGGAAGAUUUCACAAUUACAUCUUGCAGUACUGGUACGAUGACGAGCUGAUUAACAUUGUUUCAACAUCCAUUCUUUCCUUCAUUGUAUGGUGCAUAAUACGACUUCAUGUACUCUGUAUGCAUGUGUAAGACAUAGCAUUUGGGGAGCACAUUAACAAAGAGUUUUCUUAUUUGUAGCAUACUAGGGAGUAACAGUGCAAUUCUAAAGAGGUCUACUCAGAAUCCUGCUGAAGUCUAGCCAGUGGGACUUGCUUAAAAGUACAUGUUCUUAGGAUUGCACUGUAAAUUCAGCAUCCUUCUCAGAUUUUAAAUAAAUCCAUUGACUUCUGAUAUCAUUUGACCUUUAUUUUUGUUAUGAGUCCAGUUUUCUAGAAUGUGUAUGCACAUCUAAGAUAAAUGUAUAGUCUCAUGUUCAGUAUGCCAAAGAUGCAUUGCAAUCACCAAAAAUUUGAAUGUAUGGAGAAGACACAUUAUGUUAAGCACGGUAUGUUCCGCUGUUUUACAAGUGUUCUUAUGAAUUAAAUGGCACAUGUGCAGUA